GUUCAGUAAUGUAAGGAGGAGCUUGACCAUGUAGAGCCCUGAAAGUUCUAGUCAGGACUCUAACAUUAACUCUAAAGUUAACGGGUAACCAGUGCAGAGUUGUCAGAAUAGGAGUGAUAUGUGCUCUUCUGUUUACUCCAGUUAAAACACGUGAAGAGUGUGUUACAAUAAUCUAGACGGGAGGAGAUAAAGGCAUGGAGAACCAUUUCAAGUUCAUGUUUUGAUACCAACAUUUUUCCAUGAUGGCUUUACAUCAUGAGCUCACCUGUGAGGAGGAAUUGACCAAUCAGAGAGCUGCAGACGGAAGCUUUAUAAACUCACUGAAGCAAAGACGCUUCAGUUCUUUUUCCUCAUCACCAACAACAAAGUUUACAAAUCCGCCUCGAUGCUGCCUGCAGUCCUGUUGACGGUGUUCCUGAGUGGAGUCCUGUCAGCUCCCAGCAGGGACCUAGAACUGGACCAGCACUGGGAUCGGUGGAAGGCCUGGCACAAAAAGAACUACAAUGAGAAUGAGGAGGGCUGGAGGAGGAUGGUGUGGGAGAAGAACCUGCAGAGGAUCGAGAUGCACAACCUGGAGCAGUCCAUGGGCAAACACACCUACCGACUGGGCAUGAACCAGUUUGGAGACAUGACUAACGAGGAGUUCAGGCAGAUAAUGACCAGCUUCAAGCCCACGGAAGACGGAAAGACUCAAGGAUCCCUGUUCAUGAAGCACAACUUCCUGGAGGCCCCUUCCAGUGUGGACUGGAGGCCCCUGGGCUACGUUACAGGCGUUAAAAACCAGGGUCCCUGCGGUUCCUGUUGGGCUUUCAGUGCCACCGGAGCUCUGGAGGGGCAGCUGUUCCGGAUGGCUGGGAAGCUGGUGUUGCUGAGUGAGCAGAACCUGGUGGAUUGUUCCAUACCUGAGGGCAACCAUGGCUGCGGUGGUGGCUGGAUGAACAGCGCAUUCCAGUAUGUUGUAGACCAAGGUGGUCUGGACACUGAGGCCUGCUACCCGUACCGGGGGAGAAACCAAGCGUGUGGAUAUAACCCAUCAUGCAGCGCCGUCAAUGUCACCGGAUAUGUUAAUGUUCCCGAAGGCAGUGAAGCGGCUCUGAUGGACGCCGUGGCGUCUGUGGGACCGGUCUCAGUGGCUAUCGAUGCCAGCAAAUAUUCUUUCCAGUUCUACAGCUCUGGUGUUUACUACGAGCCAAGCUGCAGCCCAACACCCGACCACGGAGUGUUGGUGGUGGGCUACGGAUCUACCUCAGCAUCUGAGAACUACUGGCUCGUCAAGAACAGCUGGGGUACUGGCUGGGGCGACCAGGGCUACAUCCUCAUGUCUAAAGACAAAAACAACAACUGUGCCAUCGCCUCAUACGCCAGUUAUCCUCUGGUGGGAUGAGUGCAGCAUCACCUCGAGGCUCCGUGACUCGUGGCAUUUUAACCGAAGAGACGGACGAAAGUCCCAAAGUUAAAUAUUUGCACUAGCAGGAGAAUCUGAUGACGCCUCGUUGUCUCAUGAAGAAUUUUGUUUUAAUAAAUAUAAAUACAUUUUCUUUCUUCUGAUUAAAACUUGUUUCUACUGCUGCUGUCAUCUAAUAAAAACUGUGAAACAA